UAGGGUUCCCGGUGUCCAGUCUCUGGCAAGGUGGGUCACCUGCAGGCGGGCACUGUCUUCUGAGCUGCCUCAGAACGUGGUGUCGCAGGUGGCUACUGGAACUGACACCCAACACUGCGGUGGAGCUGUGUGUCCCCUUGCCGCAGCCUCACCAGGCCGAGCUGGCUGGGCCGCGGAGCGGCACUCACUGUCCUUAACCACGCGUUGGUCGCGCUGUGGCCUUGGCUCUGCUUCGCUCAGAGGUGCUGGAUCAGGUCGGUGUCUGCCAGAUGCCGGAGAGUUGGUGCGAGCUACUCACAAGAUGAUAGCUUAAACUUUCCCUGGGGAUUCCUUUACCAGCCCGUUAGAUCGCGUUGUGAAUUUCGCCAGAUACAAAAAUAAAAUAUUCUCUCCAGUACCCUUCUGGGAUAUUAUGACUUUUCUCCUUAAAAACUGACGAAAAGACCGGGAACAAUUUUGUUUUCAGAGUCUGGGAUAAAGACUAGCAAAUGAGAAAGCUAUGUCUUUGCAGUCCUUCCAGAGAGGCUUCGUUCCAAACAUUUUUCUAGCCUUCAGAUUUCUCCAGAGCAAUGACCCAGAAGACGAAUUCAGUUUACCAUUAGAGUGACAUUGUUCCCAGAACCCCCAAAAUGGCAGCUAGAAUGGAGAUAACUUUGAGCACCCACACUGAGGAUUCUGACAAGCAAGAGAGACACAUAAUAAUGAAGCCGGAAGAAAACCGUGGCCCCCCUCAGCAAAAAGCCUAUCCUGACCCUGAGCUUUCCCGCCAGGGCUUCAGACACUUUUGCUAUCAAGAAGUGUCUGGGCCCCAGGAAGCGCUCUCCUGCCUUCAACAGCUCUGCAGACAAUGGCUGCAGCCUGAACUACACACUAAAGAGCAGAUUUUGGAGCUCCUAGUGAUGGAGCAGUUUCUGGUCAUCCUACCUCCAGAGAUCCAGGCUCAGGUCUGGCAUCGGUAUCCAAAGAGCAGCAGGGAGAUUGUGACUUUGGUGGAAGAUUUGCACAGAGCAUCCAAAAAACCAAAGCAGUGGGUGACCGUUUGUAUGCAAGGGCAAAAGGUGCUCUUGGAGAAAACAGGAGCUCAGCUUGUAGAACAAGAACUUCGAGACUUUCAACCCCAAACUCCUAGCAGAGACAUUCAGGAGGACUCUGUGGAGGAGCCGUCCUGGGAAGGAUCUCAUGAGCGGCUGAGUCCUCACCACUGGGAGAAGACUCUCCUCCAGGAACCAGUCCUCAGAUUGACUGAGACAGAGUCCUCCAGAAUGAGAGGUGACAAGGAAAACCCGAAACAGGAGGAGGCAAGAAGAGCAAAGGCAUGCACAGUCUUACAUGGAAGACCUAAAGAGGGUACCCUGCACAGCCCUGAGCCAAGAGGGGUGACUGCAAGUGAUGCCCGAUUGUUGCAAUGGCAGGUCAGACCCCCACAAUCUCCCAAGUCACUUGCCCACUACCAGAGACAUUGCAGAGAGCUGGAAUAUAUCAGUAAUCCCCUCAGAGGUCACCCACUGAGAGAGUUAAAGAGAAGCAGAGGUGGCCGAAGAAGCCUGAGCGGCCUCAUGCAGUGUCUUGGUCACCAGGCAGCCCACCCAGCCAGGAAACCUUACAGCUGUGACGAUUGUGGGAAAAGCUUCACGUGGAAUUCAGAGCUGAAGCGACACAGGAGAGUGCACACCGGGGAGAGACCCUACAUCUGCGGGGAGUGUGGAAACUGCUUUGGGAGGCAGUCAACUCUGAAACUGCACCAGAGAAUCCACACUGGGGAGAAACCAUACCAGUGCAGCCACUGUGGCAAAUGCUUUCGCCAAAGCUCCAACCUCCACCAGCACCACAGGCUCCACCAUGGGAACUGAAGCCAUCCUGUAUGCUGUAGAGUCGUAGGGAAAGGCUUUUGGUCUCUCUCCCUUCUCUUACUUGCCUGUAAAUCGCAAAGUAUCUUUUGUGACUUACAAACAGAGCAAGUGGCCUUUGGGGAGUGAUGGGUGAAUAAUCAACUGGUAAGGAGGUCAGAAAGAGGCUGAUGGGGCCUGACUGUAAGGAAAGCUGAUCUGGGUGUUGGGGCACAGAGAGCUGCAGUCUCGACAGAGUGGGGACUAGUUACUGAAGAAUAGUCAGAAUGAGCUGCAAGUGACUUUAGUUAAUCUUCAUCUUCUAAAAUACAGUUGUUUUCGUGUGUACACUUGAGCAGUUGAUGAGAAUGUGAAGAAAGCAUUCACCAGAGAGUCCUCUAAGAGUCUUUCUGCAACUGAAUUUUUUGGUGGUGGUAGUUUUUAAUUACUUUUAUUUAUUUUUAAGACAGGUCUCUCUAUAUAGCCCUGGCAGUGCUGGAACUCACUCUGUAGACCAGGCUGGCCUGGAACUCAGAGAUCCACCUGCCUCUGCCUCCCAAGUGCUGGUAAAAAGGUAUGUGACCCCAAACCCUGCUAUAACUAAAGACAAAUUGAGAAUGUGUGUGUGCGUGUGCAUGUGAUUAGCAGUUUCUAAGUAAGUAGACAGUACUUUUAUUUAAAUUAUAUUUGAGGGAACUUUUUAUGUCAAAGCACUUUUGAUUUACAAAAGGUGUUCCACCUCCAGCCCACGAUAUAAGGGAAAGCUCCCGAGGGAAGUAAGUACCGCUCUGGUGGACAGGGGAAUUCUGCCUGCUCUUAUAAGCCAUUAGCUUUAAAACUGGGACUAGCGUGUUCACAGUGUUUACAAUUAGAUUAUGGGAAUGGUUAUACAAUUCAGUGACUCCAGGAAAAUUAUUGAAAUAGAUUAAUUUAUUAUAGGUAAAUUGUACCUCCAUAGCCUUUUAAAAUAACAGAAUAUUUAUAUAAAAUGUUAAGAGUUCCAGAAGUGGGUCUAGGACACCGUCCCAUGUUUUCUUAAAGUAGAAAGUAGAACCCAAUCAGUUAUCACCCUAGGAAAGGCAUCCUCUUCCUCCAUUCAGGCAGAUGUAUGUAGGAUGUGGUGGCCAUUCUUCUGAAGGCAUCAAUACUAAGUCACUGCCUUUAUCUUCAAUAUUCAACUGGGCCUUACCUCUUCCCCAGCCCACAUACCAUUGCUGGCCAGAGCCUUUACAGUUUAUACACACAGACACACACACACACACACACCUUUCCUCCAAGCCACCUUCACUGCUGUCUUGUAAUAACUUCUUAGUCAUGUCUGAAUUUGUUUUCUACUGGUGCUAUAACAACUGAAUGCAAACUUGGUGGCUUAACACAGAACUUCUCUUCUACUGCUGCAAGCUAAAGGUCUGAAAUCAGCCUCAGCUAAAAUCUCCUUGAGCAGGGUUUCUCGUUGGAGACUCUGAGAGGUAAAUUGGUUUCCUUGACUUUUUCAGCUUCUAGCAGCCCACUCCAUUCUUGGAUGCUUAUAUUGGGUAUAGCAGGAUAAUCUCCACCUCUCAAGAUCUUCAGUAAUACUUACAAAAUGUUCCUUUUGCCAUUUAAGGGAUCAUCUGCUGGUUCCAAGGAUUAGGAUGUGAAGUACGUGGAGGACCAUCAUUUGGCCUACCUUCCAUCCAUAUAUGUCUUAGAUCAACUUGGUCACUAAAAGGGGAUCUCCAAAAAGAGAUGUUUUUAGGAUUGUUUGUAAGGGUUGGCACGGGGGCAAUGGCUAGAGUUUUGCUACCUGGGAUCUUUCAUAGUAUGUUUCCUCUCUUCAGAUUACACAGCAGUAAUCAUUUGGCGUCUUUGGGCACCUGUUCAAACCUUUAAUUUAUGUGACAAACUCACAGUUAACAUUUUUCUUUUCCAAACAGUGUCAAGGCCGUGCUGCUGCCUUGCCUGCUUGUCCCCAGCCCAGUUUUCCUUUGCAUGAGGCUCACCUCCCAACAACGGAUGGCAUGAGGGUCCAAUGGCACAGAAGGCUCUUGGGUACUGCAUUCAGAUAUAGGGGUUCCCUCAUCUCCUUCAUCCAUUCAUGCUUCCCCAGAGCCUCCACACAGAAUCUUGACCUACCUACUUUCCUUGUGGCCAGCUUCCCUUUCCUGGACCCCAACCUAAGAAAAUAACCUAUCUCCUUUCACAUGCAGCUCUGGCUCCUACCCAUCCCAUUGGCUCUGCCAUAUUUCUGGGUCCUGCCUAGCACGUACUGGUGUCAGCUUAGGGGUGACUCCUGCUUUCAGUGUUUGAUUCCCCAAGUUAGCCCCAGGGAGACCCAAGGAGAAGGGAAACAUUCACAGGUAGUGGAGGCCUAUCCACCAAAAGAACUUUCCCAUAUCCAGCAGGCAGGGUGCAAAUCAAUCGCACAGUACAAUGUCACUCCCAGUAAGCCUGGCAGUGCCUCCUCACAGUGCAGGACUGCUCCUCAAAUGAAAAUGUUUCUCUUAUUGCUUCAUUGAAGUAUUACACGUACCAGAAAACUUGUGCACUUAGAGUAUACGGUUCAGUGUUUACCAUACAGCAUUGAGAGCUGUGCCUCUGUCACUCCAGUCUCGUUUUAGGAAACUGUCAGUGUCACAGAGAAGUGAAGCUUAAACAUUAGCAGUCACUGCCUGCUCCUGUCACAGCUUAUGUCUCCGGAGUAUAAUAUCUUCUGUGCACACCAUGUGUGCAGUGUGUCAUGCGGCAACACUUUCUUCCCUAGUCCUGUUGUGUUGUAUGAAGGGGCCUUCAGUCCAUCUAUUGGUUGAUGGAAUUGUGUAAUUGCACCCUGGUUAUUGUGAAGAGUAAUGCUGUUCUAACAUUAUAUCCAGGUUUUUAUGUUUCACUCCUCAUGGAUACAUGCCUAGAGGCCGAGCAAAGCUCCCUGCUAGGUCAUGCGAUAAUCCUGUUGAUCAAACUGUCUCCAACGUGCUUACACUACACUUUACACUUGCCAGUUUCUGUACACCUUUAACAUAAUUACUGUCUUGUUACAGAUUUUGGCUUUCUGAAGCAGGCUUUCAUGUCUGGCAUAGAACUCACAACCCUAGCUGACCGUGACCUUCCUGCCUCCACCUCCCAAGUAUCAAGGUUACAGGCAUGUGUCACCAUGUACAGUUUUCAUGGAAUCUGUCUUUGUGAUUAUUGUUAUCCCAGAGUAAAGUGGUCUCUUU